AUGGAAGGUACUACUCAAGAGGUACCAGGCAGAAACCCUUGCGGCGUCAAACCCUUCUACUGGAAGAAGGGCAUCGACCCCAAGGAAGGAGGGCGCCAGCCGCUCAUUCCUAACCAUAAUGAGAUCGCGGAUGGCAUGGAUAUUACCUGGGAUGUUCCCGUCACCAUGCGCGAUGGAGUUCGAGUCUACGUUGAUGUCUUUCGUCCUGAGGGCGUCACUGGCAAGCUUCCUAUUAUCUUCACGUUCAGUCCAUACGGCAAACACGGCCCGAAAACGUUCGAUAUUUUCCCCGGUGCUGACGUUCCCAAGGAAUGGGUGUCCAAGUACGCUGUCUGGGAGAGUAUUGAUCCCGUUGUGUGGACCAAGAAGGGUUACGCUGUCAUCAAUGGCGACAGCCGAGGGUCCUGGGGAUCUGAGGGUGACCUAGAGAUCUUCAGCCAGCAGGAGAGCCGUGACGGCCACGACUGUAUUGAAUGGGCUGGCACCCUUCCUUGGUCCAAUGGCAAGGUUGGCAUGAUUGGUGUCUCGUACCUUUCCAUCGUGCAGUGGGGUAUCGCUGCUCAGAACCCGCCCCAUCUGGCAGCAUUCGUUCCCUGGGAAGGCUUUACUGACUUCUACCGCGAUUAUACACACCAUGGCGGUAUUCCGGAGACAAAGUUCCUGCACUUCACCCAGUGGUCCUGCCGUGCCGGUGUCAACCUGGUCGAGGACCUGAUCGCCAACAACAAGGCACAUCCGUUACUUGACGACUAUCAUCGCUCGAAGUGUGUUCAGGAUCUCAGCAGAAUCACAGCACCUGCCUAUGUCGUCGCAGACUGGGGCGACCACGGCAUGCACACUCGUGGUACCCUGAAUGGGUUCAUUGGGAUCAGCUCCAAGGAGAAGUGGCUGGAGGUCCACGGCCGUAAAAAGUGGCGGUACUUCUUCGAGCCCGAGAGUGUUAGGCGCCAAGAGGCGUUCUUCCAGAAGUUUCUCAAGGGUCAGGCCAGCGAAAUUGACACCUACCCUAAGGUCCGUCUUGAGAUCCGUGAUCGCGCCUGGGUUGGGAAGUUCCGAGAUGAGAUUGAAUGGCCCCUCAGCCACGCUAAGUUCGUUAAGAAAUACAUUGACGCCUCGGUGGGUACGCUCCUUGGUGAGCCACCACGGACUGUGACUACCAUCUCCUAUGACUCGGAGGUGCAAGACAGCUGUGCGCACUUCUUCCUCGAUUUUGACCGCGAGACCGAACUCACUGGAAGCAUGCGCCUGCGCCUGUGGGUUUCCACCGAUCUAGCUGACGACAUGGAUAUUUUCGUUCAAUUGGACAAGAUUGACCGGGAAAACAAGGUCACGCCGUAUGUUGCCUUCUCCAUGAUCGACGACGGUCCAUUGGGGCUUGGGUGGUUGCGUGUUAGCCAUCGUGACCUUGACCUGGUCAAGUCCACUAUCGACCGUCCUUUCCACAAGCACGAUCGCCGCCUUCUGCUUCGUCCCAACGAAGUCGUGCCUAUAGAUGUCGAAAUUCUGCCAACUUCAACCCUUUUCCACCCUGGUGAGAGGUUGAGAGUCAAAGUCCAAGGCAACGAUUCCUUCCGGCAUACUACCCCAGAUGUUGUCCAGUUCCAUGAAGACAGCGUGAACAAGGGUAGGCACACCAUCUAUUCCGGAUCGGUGUACGAAUCCUACCUGGUUAUUCCUGUUAUCGAGUAG